UCAUCUACUAAAAAACGGAAGAAACAUGCAUAAUCAUAAAUCUUAUUGCACUUUAUAAAAUAUCAUCAACAUCAAUCAUCAAUCAUUUGUUUAUACGGUCAGUUUCAAUUAUCAUAUAUCAACAACAUCAAACACAAAACCUAUCAGUCACCACUUACCACCACAAAUACAUACUCAUGAUUUGCCUAUCUGUACCCCCACAACGGCAUCAGCAACCGUCCGUACAACAAACAUAUAUCCAGGUGACAAAAGAAAAAAAUUCACCCUUCAGUCUCCCUCUAUCUCUGUCUAACCGUUAGUGUGACGAUGAUGAUGAUGAUGAACACCCAUCUGGGUCCACCUUCAUUCUUCACUUUGUUUUAGUUAUAAAAGCCAUAUAGUUGAAAAGCUAAGAGAUGGCAGGUUUUAGUGUAGAUUUGUCUAGAAAUGGUAACCCAACUGAAAUUGAAGAAUGGGAUUUCUCAAAGUUAUUAGAAAGACCAAGGCCAUUGAAUAUUGAUAGGCAAAGAUCACUUGAUGAAAGAUCUAUCAAUGACCUGUCAAUUGGUGUUUCUCCUCGCUUAACAACAAGAAUUGAUAGCACUGCUAGGUUAGUAGACCAUGUUGAUUCUUCGUAUUCCCCUGGUAGAAGGUCAGGGUUUAAUUCUCCUAGGUCUGAUGCUGGGUUUGAGACCCAUCCUACUGUGGCUGAAGCUUGGGAAGCUUUAAGAAGAUCAUUGGUUUAUUUUCGAGGUCAACCGGUUGGGACUAUUGCUGCUUUGGACAAUUCUGAAGAGAAACUUAAUUAUGAUCAGGUGUUUGUGAGAGACUUUAUCCCAAGUGCAAUGGCAUUUUUGAUGAAUGGAGAACCUGAAAUAGUCAGGAAUUUCAUUUUGAAGACUCUUCGCCUUCAGUCGUGGGAGAAAAAGAUUGACAGAUUCCAAUUAGGAGAAGGAGUAAUGCCUGCUAGUUUUAAAGUACUCCAUGAUCCAGUGAGAAACAAUGAGACUUUGAUGGCAGAUUUCGGAGAGAGUGCAAUUGGAAGAGUUGCCCCUGUUGACUCUGGAUUUUGGUGGAUUAUAUUGCUCCGAGCAUACACUAAGUCUACGGGCGAUAUCUCAUUAGCUGAAUUGCCAGAAUGUCAGAAGGGUAUGCGCCUAAUUUUGAGUUUAUGCCUUUCAGAGGGCUUUGACACAUUCCCAACUCUUCUUUGUGCUGAUGGAUGCUGCAUGAUUGAUCGUAGGAUGGGUGUUUAUGGGUAUCCAAUUGAAAUUCAAACACUUUUUUUCUGGGCCUUAAGAUGUGCUAUGCUCUUGCUAAAGCAAGAUGAUGAGGGGAAAGAGUUCGUGGAACGAAUUGUGAAACGUCUACAUGCCUUAAGCUUUCACUUGAGGAGUUAUUAUUGGAUCGACUUGAAGCAGCUUAAUGAUAUAUAUCGGUAUAAAACAGAGGAAUACUCGCAUACUGCAGUUAACAAGUUUAAUGUAAUACCCGAUUCUCUUCCAGAAUGGAUUUUUGAUUUUAUGCCAACUCGUGGGGGUUACUUUAUUGGCAAUGUUAGUCCUGCAAGAAUGGACUUUCGUUGGUUUUGUUUAGGUAAUUGUGUUGCAAUUCUUUCAUCCUUGGCAACCCCUGAACAAUCUAUGGCAAUCAUGGAUCUCAUAGAAUCGCGGUGGGAAGAGUUGGUCGGAGAAAUGCCACUCAAGGUAUGCUAUCCAGCCAUAGAGAGCCAUGAAUGGCGAAUUACAACUGGAUGUGAUCCCAAAAACACCAGAUGGAGUUAUCACAAUGGAGGAUCUUGGCCAGUUCUUCUAUGGCUUCUCACAGCUGCAUGUAUCAAGACUGGACGCCCCCAAAUUGCGAGGAAUGCCAUUGAACUUGCAGAAUCUAGACUGCAGAAAGAUAAUUGGCCUGAAUACUAUGAUGGGAAACUCGGGCGAUACAUCGGAAAGCAGGCACGCAAAAAUCAAACCUGGUCUAUUGCAGGUUAUUUAGUAGCAAAAAUGAUGCUGGAAGACCCCUCCCAUGUGGGUAUGGUGUCACUUGAGGAAGAUAAACAAAUGAAGCCUCUUAUAAGAAGAUCAAAUUCUUGGACUUUCUAAGUUAAUGAUAAUUGUCUAGAAUUGCCGUCUGCAUUUACCUGUUUUAGCUUUAUAUAUGUACGUUAACCUGAUGCCUUAUCCUUCAGGUUUUGCAGCAGUUAAAGUUCAUCAUGCCUUCUGCCCAUAUUCGAUCAA